GAUCGAUGAUACUUCAAGACGUCAAGCAAAGUUGGAUUUUUUAAUCGGUCUGUCGGUGUUUUUCUGCUGCUUUCGUGAUGUUGAUUUCUACGAUGAAAAGGUCAAAUCUGUUUAUUUAAUGUGAUUAUUAAGUAAAAUGGAGAUUUGAAACUUAAAAUAGGUGAAUUGUAUAUAGUUUUCGACCUAUUUCAUGCUGUCAUUCCUACGCAGUUGCGGAUAGGUUAAAUCCUCAUCCGUCAUAAAAAUAUAAAAAUAAUUAAAGAUGGAUCCAAACAUCUAUGCCUUGGUCCUUGACACUCUCAACCGGGCCACAAGUCAGGAUACGGAAGUAUUGAAGCCAGCGGAGAAGAAACUUCAAGAAUGGGAAAUUGAACCAGGCUUUUAUUCAGUUUUACUGGAUAUCUUAUCAAACCACUCAAUUGAUAUAAACGUAAGAUGGCUAACAGUCAUGUGUUUCAAGAACGGUGUUGACCGUUAUUGGAGAAGAAAUGCUCCCAAUGCUAUCACAGAUGAAGAGAAACAAAAAUUAAGACAGGGCCUGCUUACCACAAACAUUCUGAGUGAACCUGUGACACAGAUAGCCACACAACAAGCUGUGUUAAUAUCUAAAAUAGCCAGGCUCGAUUGUCCUGCCAACUGGCCUAACUUAGUGCCUGACCUCAUUGGAGCACUAAAAGCGCCACAACCCCUAGUGCAGCACAGAUCUCUGCUGAUAUUUCAUCACUUAGUCAAAGCUUUGGCUUCUAAGCGUCUGAUUGGUGACCGAAGAGUAUUUCAGGAACUAACCCAUUCAGUAUUCGCUUUCAUACUGAACUUAUGGCACGAGAACACAGAAUUGUUUCUGAGGCACAUUCAAGAAGGAGCGGCCACCGAGUUGAUCACUGAACACCUGGAGAAGGCCUUACUUUGCCUUAGGAUAUUGAGGAAGCUCGUAGUUUUCGGCUUUAAGAAGGCACACGAGAGUCAGGACGCUGUUGCAUUCCUGAAUGUGGUCUUUGACAGGGCUAAGACAAGUUUAGAGUGCAGGAAACUUCUCAAAGGCAGGGGCAUUUACCCCUUGGAGCUCUGUGAAAAGUUCAUAAUCCACCUUACAAAGGUCGCUUUGGGUGUCCUCGGGUUCCACCCCAUCUCUUAUGUGCCUCUUAUAAGGCCAUCCCUGGAGUUCGCUCUGUACUACUGUUUCACGGAACAAGGCAUGGCGCUAAUCUACGAAAGAUUCACUAUUCAGUGCUUGAAUAUUGUGAAAGGAAUUCUGCAGUGCACCGAGUAUAAGUUGCCUAAAGGACCUGAGGUUGCAAGGGAGCCAUUGACCCUCCAAUGCCAUCAAGCUAAAAUGGAUGUUCUGGACCAGAAUACGGUAUGCCACAUGUGUAGGCAUCUAGUCACUCACUAUUUCCUGCUAAGCGCUGAUGAUUUAGCGCUUUGGGACGCGGAACCAGAAAGCUUUGCCAUCGAUGAGGCCGGGGAAUCGUGGAAAUACAGCCUCAGGCCAUGCACAGAGGCGUUAUUUAUGGAGUUGUUACAAUUCCGGAACAUUCUUGCGCCAGAGCUAGUUCGUCUACUGGCUUCCUUGCAACAACAACCGAUAUUGCCUGACGACUUGCCCUCCAUACUGAAGAAGGACGCCAUAUAUAACGCCGUGAGACUCGCGGCCUUCGAUUUGUUCGACGAAGUGGACUUUGAUGAAUGGUUUACGAAUGUAUUAAGCCAGGAAUUGAAAAUCAAAGAGAAUAACUACAGAAUUAUUAGAAGGCGUGUCUGUCAGCUGAUUGGCCAAUGGUGCGGCGUCCGCGCCUCUCAGUCGCUAAGACCGGCGAUAUACGAAGCGCUAUUGGAACCGUUGUCCCGUUCUGACGAAGACGCGGCCGUGAAACUUGCGGCCGCUGAAGCGCUGCGUAGCACGAUAGACGACUUCGAGUUCGACGUGGAACAGUUCGCACCGUACGCGCCGCACGCUAUCGCAGCGCUUUAUGAGCUUUUGGUUGAAUCCGAGGAGUGCGACACCAAAAUGCACGUCCUCCACGUGGUCUCGUACAUAAUGGAGCGGUGCGGCGCCACCGUCGCGCGGGGUGGCGGUGCCGGCGCCCUGUUCUCGUACCUGCCGCAGCUGUGGGCGCACGCCGGCAGUGCCGCGCACAACAUGCUUCUGGCCGCCGCUCUAGCUGCCACCGUACACUUGCUGAAGGCGUUAGGGGAAUGCCCACCAAGCAUCCGUCCUUGGAUACUGAGUGUGGUGAACGAAUCCACGCGUCUCACUGAGCCAGCGCACGUUUAUCUCCUAGAAGACGCCUUAGAACUAUGGCUCGCCAUACUAGAGAUCUCACUCACUUCCGACCCAGUGCUUCUACAGCUCGCCGAUAACCUGUAUCCUAUACUCGAACAGUCAUCGGAGCACCUUCGUAUAGUGGUUUACAUAAUGCAAGCGUACACACUUUUGUGUCCCGAAGAAUUCUUGACAGGGGCUGGGGCAAAAUGUAUGGCGGUUUUAGACGACAUGUUAGCGGAUAUGAGAACGGAGGGCAUCAUAACUGCGUUAAAGAUGGCGGAAAUAUGCGUCAGCGUCACGUUCCCAGAGAGAAAUGCACUUUUAGGCGUUAAAGUCAUCUGGCCUAUACUCAUCAGGGUUAUAAAUUCGCUACUGGAAGGGUAUGAUCUGCCAAUGGUACUAUCAGUACAAUUAUGUCUGGUCUCAAGAGUCAUAUUAUUGUCGUCCGAUUUGUUUUAUAAAGCCGUACAAGAGGCGUCGAAUGGACUCGUCGAGUACGAUUCGGACCCCGCCAAAGUUCUAAACAAACUCCUACUAGAGUGGACGGGGAGAAUGAAUUUAGUGACGCAAGUGGAAAGGUGGAAGGUAGUUGGACUCGGUCUCGCCGCAUUACUGACAACGCAGAAUCCGACGGUUCUACAGCGGUUUCCGGCGAUACUACUCAACCUGACUGAAGUGUUGCACGAUGUCAUGAAGACUGAAGAUAACGGAACUUUUGUCGACGGCCUAGUGGCAGCGCCGGGCUCCCGGCCCGCGUCCCCGCUGGAAGGGCGCGGCGCCCCGGCCCGCUGGGGCCCGCCGCCCCUCCCGCCCGACUCCCCGCACGAGGCGCGCCGUCGCCGCCUUGCCGCCUCACACCCGGCGCGUGCUCUAGACCUGCGUGCCGCUACACACCACCAGGUAUGUUCUAUGGUGCUGCGGCCUAGUGGCAGCGCCGGGCUCCCGGCCCGCGUCCCCGCUGGAAGGGCGCGGCGCCCCGGCCCGCUGGGGCCCGCCGCCCCUCCCGCCCGACUCCCCGCACGAGGCGCGCCGUCGCCGCCUCGCCGCCUCACACCCGGCGCGUGCUCUCGACCUGCGUGCCGCUACACACCACCAGUUGGAAACUUUGAAAAGCCAGGUGGGCCCAGAAACUUUUGAGCGAUUGUUGCAAGCGACCGAUCAGGAUACGCUUAAGCAAAUCAGGGAGUACAUACCGCUCUGAAUGUUGGCUACUUUCCGAAAGAUGCGGCGGGGUCCGAGUGUGGGCAGUUAGCGGGAUUGUCUAAAAGAAUAAAGAGUGAGAUUAACUUACGAAUAUACGCGGAUGAGUUAAAGUCGCAUUUAGUAUAACACAAAUAAUAACAGCAAAAAUAUAUGAUCAUUUUCUGUGUAACUAAGGCGCGAUGUUUCAAACAUAGUUAAAUUUUACUGUAAUUAAAAUACUAGAGAAAAAAUAAAUAUUUGUCAAAAUUUGCUAUGUAAUUGACGUAACAAUAACUAUAGUUAGAUUUAACUAUAGAUGUUACAACGUGAAGUAAGCAGCCUUUAUGAAGACUCAUACUAUAUGAAGACUACAUUUGUCUACUAUAAGUAGAACAUGUGAUGUUCUAUCUAGUAUGUAAUACAUAAAAUUGGGCAUCAAUAUUAGCUUACUGCUAUAAUUUUUAUUUUUAAGCAGAACUGCUCGAUGUUUAAAUCUAAAGAAAAUAUUACUAGAAAAAUUUCCACGCGGACCAGGCAGCAGACGGAAUUCGAACCCACACCCUUCGCCAUCCGGGCGAAUGCACUGACCAUUAGCCUAAGAAAGGCUAGAAAGAAUUCGACACGGCCGUCAGGGCCGCGGUAGCAUAUAUUCUGUGCACUGUGCCUGGUCCGCGCGGAAGUCUUUCUAGUAAUAUUUUCUUUUGAUUUAAUUAAGGUACUGCUUUUACAAAAAAGUGAUUUUACUGUUACAUAGACAGCUGGCAUCAGGACAGAGCGAGAUGGCGAAAGAAGAAAAAAAUCGAGCGAGCCUUAUAGUGGUCGCGUAAAAAAGAAAUAAAACCUACUACAAAAUGAAUAAGCCAUUUGAACAUUAUGUUCUAAAAUCAAAUCAAAUAGCGCGCGCUUUCGCGACUUCCUGUUACACACUUCCGUCCCAUUUCACGAAAUCACUCCCACAAAUUGCAGGAAAGCGAGAGGAAAGAUGUAACACAUCAAAAGACUGCACCGACUGGGGCGUUGCUCUGAAAUUGAUAGAGAGAGAGAGAAUGACAGCUAUUUGGCUAUGAGUAAUAAUAGACAAAUUUACAAUCAUAUCUCCGAAAUAAGUGUUUGUUUGUGCUGUUUAUGCGAACUUAGCACAUAAGACAGGAUCGAUACGGUUUUGAUAUAUAAUAAUAACCAGUAAUUUUUUACCGAUAAAUUUUUUUUUAGAUUUAUUGUUAUCUGCCUAAGGUUCUACUCAUAGGGAAAAAUACCUAAUCUAGAACCAAACUUUAAAUGCCAAUAUUAAGAAUUUCAAUGCCUUGCAGCCAAUAAUAACGUACUGCCAAAAACAUAGCGAUAUUAUCUAGGAUAUUAGUUUUAAAGUGUGUUUUCAAAAUACAGUUGAUUUUUUAAAAGUGCACAGACUUUUAUAUAAAUUUGAUGCACUAUCUUCAUGAAAAUUAUCCCGGUAAAUGAGAAUUUUUUAUCGUUAAUUAAUUAGUAUGAAAGAGUUACAGAAUUUUCAUAUCUUAGGGCUAAUUCUCACUGGAAUGGCAGAGGCCCCUAGUGACGCGGCGAGCACUUUUAGUACGAAGUAAUUUUAAACUUUAUCUAUAUAGUUAAAGGACCAGUAUCGCUUGAAAAGAUAACACGGUGUCGCGAGCAAUUUAAUUUUAAAACAACUUUAAGUACAUAGAUGGAGUUUAGAUCGAAACUGCUCGUCGCCCACUGAAAGUGCUCGCAGCGUCGUCUGCCGGCUGCGUCAUUACUGUGUGAAUCAGCCCUUAGGUUUUUUUUAUGUCCAUAGUGAAAAGAUUAGCACUUUAAACAUGAAUCGAUUUCUGUUAUAAAGUUUCAAUAAGUUAACAUACGUCAUACCUUACACUCAAUGCAAUUCAGCCCCCCUAGCAUGAGCACCGCGAUAUGAUAUAUAACGCGUUUUUAUCACGCUCAAUUGUCAAAUUACUGUGGAGUUUGACAGUAAGGCGCGAUAAAAAACGUGAUACGAUGUUAAUUGUGACGCUUAUGCUACGGGGACUGAACAUUUUCAGUACUUUAGCAAUCACUUCUCCGUUUUACGAUAAAAAGGUGUCAAUUUUCAAUGGACUAUUGCAUAAAUUAUUAGUCGAUUAAUUUGAACUCCGAUAAAGUUCAGGUGCGUUUUUCUUCAUGCGACUUUGGCCGUCAUCUGCAGUACCACUUUAACGUUACUAUUUCUGUGAUCGGUGACAUAAGUAAUCAAGAAAUGUAGAUAUCGAUGGCCAUUAUUUAUAACAAGAGCAUUUAAGUAUAAUAAGAUUAUUUUGGUAUUGUAUUAAUGUUAUAUUAACUUUACACAGAUCUGUAGUUAGCACAUUGCUAGAUCAGGCUUAGAAUUUGUCUACUUAUAAUGAAAAUAUUAUUUGCGUUGUAGGAUUUUUUUUUGAUUAGUUGCAUACGAGAAUUCUGUAAACGAAGAAUAUCGACCUUAAACUUAUGGAUCCGAAAGUUUCCCAUUUUUUAUUACAUAAACGAUCUUCUGACGACGACGUCCUUUGUGGCCGAGUGGAUGUACGGCGGAUUACAAGGUGUCGCCUACUCUAGAGCUCCCGGGUUCGAAUCCAGGGGGGGGGGGUAGAUGUUUGUGUGAUGAAUACGAGCAUCUGUACUCUAGUCAGGUGUUAUAUGUAUUUCUAUAUCAAAAUACUUAUAUUUGUAUCAGCAUAUGUAUGGAAAAAGUAAGAUGAAUCUUGCGGCAAUAAAAAAAAUAUUGAAAAUAAUUACUCUCUGUCCCUCUUGCACAUUAUUGCUGACUGGAUGUGAGCAGGGUCAAGUGAUAGACAGUGUAACAAGGGGCGCAGUGUAACAAAAGAAAUGUCUGUGUCCUUUUCUUAUUUGUCUAUGGUCUGUUUUGACGUGAUUUUAUUAGUUACACAUGCCGCCAUCUUAAACAGCUGCCAUCAGACGUCAAAUGGCCGGGUGUAAAACAGGGAUAUAUACCUCUUGUUGAUUGUGCCUCUUGUUACACUUUCCCCCACUUGAUCCUAUACCAUUUAAUUUCCUUCGACAUUGUAUUUUAUUUCACACUGUGACAUUACCCAUUUUGAUAUCUUUCUUCUGGUCUUCCCAGAAUACAUGCACUAUCACCGGUAUUAUUUUGUAUUUGUUGACCUUCCCUAAUUUUUAGCAAAAGCUAUCUAUUUUUUAUAUUUAUUAUUGUAUUUGCCCUAUAAGUGGGUUUGUAUAAAUUGAAUUGGAAAAAAUAAUAAUAAAAUUACUCCAAAAAAAAAUGUUUAAGACGAAAAAUGGACUUGCGCAAUCUUAUAGACAAGCUGACGUAGGGUUUCCCAACUUUGAUACAAUUUUCGAAUGAUUUUAUCACCUAUCUGUUAUUAUACGUUUGUAUAUUGUUAAUUUUUUAAACAUAUUCCUUUUUUUAUACCAUUUAUAAAUAAACAAUGAAAUUAUUUAUUUAUAAAUGGUAUAAAAAAAGGCAAUCGUUCAGAGUUGAAAGAUGGUUGAAUGGAUGGAUGGUUAAUGAAAAAACAGCUUAAAGCGAUUGUUGUUUUUAAACAUGCCUCUUAUUGUGUAACUAAAUAGCCUGGUAUCAUUGAUGUUGAGAACGACAUUAAUCCCAAUUUGGCAAAAUUACAAAUAAGUUCUCAAAACGACUUAUUACUUGAAUAAUAAAUCUAUGAUUCAUUACCAUAAAUGUAUACCAUAAACUGAAUUGUCUUUUAUGUGUUUACUCAAAAUAUUUGUUUUUUAAUUAGAUCUCUUUCGUUCUAAAAGUCCGAAACUUCUUUUACGUUUGUAUCCAUAGAUAUUAGUUAAAUAAACAUGUCGUUUUUUGCAAAGAAAGUGACAUUAUAGUUUUUAAUAAAAGUUCACUCAAGUUUCUGAGCUCGGCCGUAUAAUAAGUCUUACAUAUGUAUGGAUGCGAGCAAGAUCGAAGUUCAGCUACACAACAAUAAGGUUCUCUCCCCGUGGCAUGAGCACCACAAUUUACAUUAUAUCACGUUAUCGCGUCUAAUUGUCAUACUCCAUAAUAAUUUCACAAUUGAGCGUGAUUGAUUUUUAUCAUGUUCAAUUCAAUUGAGCGUGAUUUUUUAUCACGUUCAAUUGUCAAAUAACUGUGGAGUUUGACAGUUAAAUGUGAUAUAAUGUAAAUUUUGGUGCUCAUGCUAUGGGGACAGGGCCCUAUUAUGAAGUCUUUGACGACAAGCAAAAACAGCGGCUGAAACGGGAGACUACUCCUUUAAAGCAGCUUUGGAGCAGGAUUUUGGUAGCCCCGUAAUCGUAUCGCAUCCCCAGUUUCUAUGACAAUUAGCAGCGCCCCUACCGGACGAAAGAACAAACUAGGUGCUUGCAUACAAAAUUUGACGAUGACGAUACGAUACGGAGCUGUCAAAAUUCGCGCUUGGGCCUCUGUGCGUAUGUGUUGUUUCGCUCAAACAACAAAACUUGCUUGGCGUUAAGAGUUCAUAAUACCACAGAUAAUACACCCUCUGAUCUUAACGACGCUUUGCAACUAGGGUAGUGAAAUCGGGCCUUUAAGAUCUUGACUUCUAGCCUUAUCUAGAUUAUAUUAAAAAUGUAUUUUAAAUAGACUCCAAAAGUUAUUUUAGUCUCUUGAGAGUAAUUGUUUUGAUUCAUAGCUUCAAGUUUCACAAUGUUUAUUUGUUACAAAAGCUUUCUCUUGAAUCGAUGUAGAGUUUAACUAUUCUUAGAGUACUUUUGGAAAUUGGAAGUUUGCAUAUUAUUUCAGCUACCUAAUGAAAUUGUAUGUACCUAUUACUUAGUAUAGUAUAAUAGUAGCCGAUAUAAAUAACGGAAUAGUUUAUAUUUCUAUGACGCACAUCGUUAUUGGCUGGCAUUCGGACCGCCCCCUUUACGUCGAGCGCUUAUAUCCCAUCGUGUAAAUCUAUUCUUGUUUGUUCAUAUUUGUACAUUUUGUAUGGCAACAUUGUUCCGUAUUGAUUAACUACAAUAAAAUCGUACUAAUAAUAAUGGACUUUAAAUAAAAGAUUUACGUUAGGUUAUGGAGUUUGGUUUUAUUUUAACACCCUACUGAAGUAAUUUGAGAAAUGAUGACUCACGUCUUAUUUUUUUUGAUGUUAAAAAGGUAAUGAUAUGUGAUCUUGCUAUGGUUAUUUUCUUCCUACAAUAUCCAAAAACCAAAUUCAUAUGUCCUCAUUUAGUUCUUAUCAUACUUUUCCUUUUCAAUUUGAUAUUCAAGGUAUAAACCAGUGCUAAAUCACGGCCACCGAGAAGCGAUACAAAAUGUAAGAUAGUCGAUGAAAGGUUGUUGGCAACACCAACAAGAAUAAAUUAUUUGUCCUUGUUACUGACUGUGACUCUCGCUCUCACGUGUAAUGGCGGUUUUGUGUUUAACGUGUCUCCACGAAUAAAUUUAAUUUCUUCCAUAUAAAACUGUUUUUAUCUUGCUGCCCACGACGCAGCUGAAGAUCCUGACAAAGGUCAUUAAU